GCGACAAAGAGCCAUCUGCUCCUCACACACACCGACAAUAUGUAGACGAAGAAAGAUUUGGACCACAUUAGACGUUUGGAGGCAACAAAACCGAACAAAAAAAGCUAAUCUUAGUGUUUUCAGUCAGUCGGCAUCAUUGUCAUACAUCUAUGGUCUGCACAGGUACGAUUAUGUCUCUAUCCCGAGAGAGUCCAAGUUGAUAUUGAACCACAAUAAGUCGGUGAAGCUGUUCCGUGUUUAUGGAGAAUAAGGCGCCUGUUGUGCUGAACGCGGUUCCUCCUUACGGACAUGUUAUUGCCAGCGAGAAAUGGAGAAACUCUUCCCUUAUUCAAAGCUUAAAAGGUGGUGGUGUGAAAAUCCUCUUUGAGAACGAGCUCGGUGUGGCGGAUUUCCACCUGCCCAACAAGAGCUGCAUCCUCUACGUGUCCGAGUGCGACAUCAUAGCAGGAAACGGCUACAAGAGGAAACUGGUUCGCUACAGAAAUACCAGCAGCAGUUUCCAGGAGCUGGUGUUGGUGGAGAACACCCGACUCAGCGAGCAGUACUUCUCUGCCGUGCAGAAGUUUGUGGUGUUUGACCUCGGCCUGACUCUGCUGCCGGUCGGCGGGCAGACUGAAGCCUCACAGCUCAUCGCCCAAAUUGUUCACGGCGAGGACCGAGAGAACCCCUUCAGGAGGAGGAGUUCGUCCCGGCUGUUGGACCCGCUGGUGCUGGCUAUGGUGCAGCAUGUCCCCGGGGUCGGCAGGGUCAAAGCUCUGGCCCUGCUGCAGCAAUUCUCCAGCAUCCAGGAGCUGUGCAACGCCCCCCCUGCUGAGCUGGAGGCCAUCGUGGGUCAGGCUGCUGCUCAGCAAAUCCACAGCUUCUUCCACAAACCCUCUACUGCUGGAAUCUGAAGGCUGGACUGGAAGGUUUGGAUUUAAUGCCGAUAUUUGGGGUGGCAGUAGCUCAAUCCGUAGAUAUUUGGUUGGGAACUUGUAAUUUCCCCACUGGGGAUCAAUAAACAGUAUAAAUUAUUGAA